CAUUUACAAAAUUGGUGAAGGAAAUGCAACUCCAUCGAGAUGACUUUGAAAUUAUAAAAGUGAUUGGACGAGGUGCAUUUGGUGAGGUUGCAGUUGUUAAAAUGAAGUGCACGGAGCGCAUUUAUGCCAUGAAAAUUCUAAAUAAAUGGGAAAUGCUUAAAAGGGCAGAGACCGCUUGUUUCCGAGAGGAGAGAAAUGUCCUGGUGAAUGGAGAUUGUCAGUGGAUUACUACAUUGCACUAUGCCUUUCAAGAUGAGAACUAUUUGUACCUUGUGAUGGACUACUAUGUUGGUGGUGACUUACUGACCCUCCUCAGUAAGUUUGAAGACAAGCUUCCUGAAGACAUGGCCAGGUUCUACAUUGGGGAAAUGGUGCUUGCUAUCCAUUCCAUACAUGAGCUGCAUUAUGUGCACAGGGACAUAAAGCCUGAUAAUGUUCUUUUGGACAUGAACGGCCACAUACGACUGGCAGACUUUGGCUCCUGCCUGAAAAUGAGUGAAGAUGGCACAGUACAGUCAUCAGUAGCAGUGGGUACACCUGACUACAUCUCUCCUGAGAUACUGCAAGCAAUGGAAGAUGGAAUGGGGAAAUAUGGACCUGAGUGUGACUGGUGGUCACUGGGUGUCUGCAUGUAUGAGAUGCUGUAUGGUGAAACACCCUUCUAUGCAGAGUCCUUAGUGGAAACCUAUGGCAAGAUUAUGAACCAUGAAGAACGAUUUCAGUUUCCAUCCCAUGUUACAGAUGUGUCUGAAGAAGCAAAAGAUCUGAUUCAGCGACUUAUCUGCAGCAGGGAGCGCAGGCUGGGACAGAAUGGGAUAGAGGAUUUUAAGUCUCAUGCAUUUUUUGAAGGACUUAAUUGGGAUAACAUCCGAAACCUAGAAGCACCUUACAUUCCAGAAGUUAGCAGCCCUUCUGACACCUCCAACUUCGACGUGGAUGAUGAUGUACUAAGAAAUCCAGAUGUGGUGCCACCAAGUUCUCACACGGGCUUUUCUGGAUUGCAUUUACCAUUCGUUGGGUUUACAUACACAACUGAUAGCUCUUUAUCUGAUAGAGGCACUUUAAAGAGUGUGAUGCAGUCUGACACAGUAACCAAAGACACGGAUGUGCAGCGUGAUUUGAAGAACACCUCACAAAUAGAAGGCUAUGAAAAGAAAAUACGGAAAUUAGAGCAAGAAAAGCAGGAUUUGAACAGAAAACUGCAAGAAUCUACACAGACAGUGCAGAACCUCCAAGGUCCAGUAUGUGUUACAGUCAAUGCAAGCCGUGAUAAGGAGAUUAAAAAAUUAAACGAAGAAAUUGAACGGUUGAAGAACAAAUUAACAGAUAUAAGUAAACUGGAAGCACAGCUUGCAGAUGCAGUGGCUUUUCGACAAGAACAUGAAGAAUCUAUACACAAGUUGAAAGGAGUAGAGAAACAGUGCAGAGUACUGAGGCAAGAAAAGGAGGACCUUCAUAAGCAACUUGUAGAAACCUCAGAGAGGCUAAAGAUGCAAUCCAAGGAGCUGAGGGAUGCCCACCAGCAAAGGAAGCUGGCUGUGCAGGAGUUCUCUGAGCUGAGUGAGAGGAUGGGAGACCUGCGCUCUCAGAAGCAGAAGCUCUCGCGGCAGCUCCGCGACAAGGAGGAGGAGGUGGAACUGAGCCUGCAGAAAAUUGAUGCGCUGCGGCAGGACGUCCGGAAAUCAGAGAAGAUAAGGAAAGAGCUGGAAGCCCAACUUGAAGAAGUGGUAGCAGAAGCAUCAAAAGAACGCAAACUUCGUGAGCACAGCGAAGUCUUCUCCAAACAGCUGGAAAAUGAACUGGAAGCUCUAAAGCUGAAGCAGGGAGGCCGUGCAGCUGGUGCCACCCUAGAACAUCAGCAGGAGCUUUCCAAGAUCAAGUCUGAGCUGGAAAAGAAAAUCUUGUUUUAUGAAGAGGAGUUGGUCCGACGAGAAGCAUCCCAUGUUUUGGAAGUAAAGAAUGUGAAAAAGGAAGUCCAUGAUUCAGAGAGCCAUCAGCUUGCACUACAGAAAGAGAUCAUGAUAUUAAAGGAUAAAUUAGAGAAAACAAAGCGAGAGAGGCACAGUGAAAUGGAGGAAGCAGUAGGAUCAAUGAAAGAGAAAUACGAGCGUGAAAGAUCUCUGCUCUUAGAAGAUAACAAAAAGCUAACAACAGAAAAUGAGAGGCUCUGCUCCUUUGUGGACAAACUAACAGCACAGAACAGACAGCUAGAAGAUGAGCUCCAAGAUCUAGCAGCCAAGAAGGAAUCUGUUGCUCACUGGGAAGCUCAGAUUGCAGAAAUUAUUCAGUGGGUGAGUGAUGAGAAGGAUGCUCGUGGCUAUCUCCAAGCAUUAGCUUCCAAGAUGACAGAAGAACUAGAAUCAUUGAGGAGUUCCAGUCUGGGGUCACGAACACUGGAUCCACUUUGGAAAGUGAGACGCAGUCAGAAGUUGGACAUGUCAGCUAGGCUGGAAUUACAGUCUGCCCUUGAUGCAGAAAUUCGUGCCAAACAACUAGUUCAAGAAGAGCUACGGAAAGUUAAAGAUGCAAACAUAUCUUUUGAAAGUAAAUUAAAGGAAUCAGAAGCGAAAAACAGAGAACUGUUGGAAGAGAUGGAAGGUUUGAAGAAAAAACUGGAAGAAAAAUACCGAACAGAUUCAGGUCUCAAACUUCCAGACUUUCAAGAUUCCAUUUUUGAAUAUUUCAACACUUCUCCUCUUGCACGUGAUUUGACUUUCAGAACCAGUUCUAUUAGUGAGCAGGAAAUGCAGGGUCCCAAGUCAGAAGUUUCACCAUCUACUUCAGUUGUAACUGCAGAGCAACAACAAGAAGUAAGAGCUGAACCAAUUCGGCUUCAGAGGAUGCCUGCUGCUCCUUCCCCCACCAUUCAGUCCAUUUCUCUAGCUGUACCAAAGCCUAAAGCUCACCAGUUCAAUAUCAAGUCGUUCACAAGCCCUACCCAGUGUAGUCAUUGCACCUCUCUGAUGGUGGGAUUAGUUCGACAAGGUUAUGCCUGUGAUGUGUGUUCAUUUGCAUGCCAUGUUUCCUGCAAGGAUAGUGCACCUCAGGUCUGCCCUAUACCCCCUGAGCAAGCCAAAAGGCCUCUCGGAGUAGAUGUGCAAAGAGGAAUAGGAACUGCCUAUAAAGGUUAUGUCAAGGUCCCAAAGCCUACAGGAGUUAAGAAAGGGUGGCAGAGAGCUUAUGCAGUUGUCUGUGACUGCAAACUCUUCUUAUAUGAUGUGCCUGAAGGAAAGUCCACCCAGCCUGGAGUUGUGGCAAGUCAAGUCUUGGAUCUCAGAGAUGAAGAUUUCUGUGUGAGCUCUGUCCUAGCAUCGGAUGUAAUACAUGCAACUCGUAAAGACAUCCCUUGCAUAUUCAGGGUGACAGCUUCUCUCUUAGGUUUGCCUUCAAAGUCUUGUUCUCUACUGAUCCUGACGGAAAAUGAGAACGAGAAGAGAAAGUGGGUUGGAAUUCUAGAAGGGUUGCAGUCCAUCCUGCACAAAAAUAGACUGAGGAACCAGGUUGUGCAUAUUCCACAAGAAGCCUAUGACAGUACACUGCCUCUUAUUAAAGCCAGUUUAGCUGCUGCUAUUGUAGAUCGAGAUAGGAUAGCCAUCGGUUCAGAAGAAGGACUCUAUGUCAUAGAGGUGACCCGUGAUGUGAUAGUCCGAGCUGCUGACUGCAAGAAGGUGUACCAGAUAGAGCUUGCUCCCAAAGAGAAAAUUAUCAUCCUCAUCUGUGGUCGGAACCAUCACGUUCACCUUUACCCCUGGGCCUCUCUGGAUGGGUCAGAAGGGAACUUUGACAUUAAACUUCCAGAAACUAAAGGCUGCCAAUUGAUUACAACUGGAACACUAAAGAAGAGUUCUUCAACUUGUUUGUUUGUGGCUGUCAAACGACAGGUUUUUUGCUAUGAAAUUCACAGAACUAAACCUUUCCACAAAAAAUUCAGUGAAAUUCAGGCUCCAGGAACUGUACAGUGGAUGUCAGUGUUCAAGGACAAGCUCUGUGUUGGCUACCAGUCUGGGUUCUCUCUGUUGACCAUCCAGGGAGAUGGACAGUCUAUAAACCUGGUAAAUCCUAAUGACCCCUCGCUUAUCUUCCUCUCACAGCAGUCUUUUGAUGCCCUUUGUGCUGUGGAGCUCAGUAAUGAGGAAUACCUGCUUUGCUUCAGCCAUAUGGGAGUAUACGUCGAUUCGCAAGGUCGAAGGUCACGCAUGCAGGAACUAAUGUGGCCUGCAACUCCUGUUGCCUGUAGUUGCAAUUCUUCCUAUGUAACAGUGUACAGCGAGUAUGGUGUGGAUGUGUUUGAUGUUAACACUAUGGAAUGGGUCCAGACUAUUGGCCUGAGAAGGAUCAGACCAUUAAACAUGGAUGGCACACUGAACCUCCUUAACUGUGAGCCACCAAGACUAAUAUAUUUCAAGAACAAGUUUGCAGGAACUGGUCUCAGUGUGCCAGAAACAUCUGACAACAGCAAGAAGCAAAUGCUUCGAACUAGGAGCAAAAGAAGAUUUGUGUUUAAGGUUCCCGAGGAAGAGCGAUUACAACAGAGGAGGGAAAUGCUUAGAGACCCUGAGUUAAGGUCAAAGAUGAUUUCUAACCCAACGAAUUUCAACCACGUGGCUCAUAUGGGACCAGGAGAUGGAAUGCAGGUUCUCAUGGACCUCCCACUGAGCGUCCUACCUCCUGCACAGGAUGAAAAAACCUGUCCCUCCACAGCUAACCUCUCGCGGCAGCAGCAGCAGAGAAACAAAACCUACAUCUCAUGGCCCUCCUCAAGUGGCAGUGAUGUGGGAGCAACUCUGCCCUCCCGGAGUAUGUCCGACCCUGACCAGGAGUUUGACAAAGAGCCUGAUUCAGACUCCACCAAACACUCUACUCCAUCCAACAGCUCAAAUCCAAGUGGUCCCCCAAGCCCCAACUCUCCACAUAGGAAUCAGCUAACGCUAGAUGGACUGGACCAGUCAACCUGUGACGCAUAACUGUCGCUCGCAUCAUUCCGACUUCAUCACCCACUGCUCCCUGUACUCCAGAGCAGGGCAAGGCUGUCUCAUAAUGCUAGUGCCAAGACUGACACUGAGUCUCUAGUGUUGUACAAGAAUAAUUAUAUAUCCAGACUGUAGAUACAACUGUUGAAAUGAAGAAAAUCCUUUACUGAUAGUGAUGGAGCUUUUUCUGCAGAAUUGUUCGCCGCUCUGUUACGGUUUGAUUCCUUUCUGCACAGCUGUGACACAGUUUUAUUGCAUAGGAGCAUUUAAGGCCACCAGUAAAUAGUCUUAUUCUUAUGGUGAAAGAGAAAUAGAGAGAGAGACUGAUAAUGUUGCUACGAUAUCAGGAAUAUUAUUUUUCUAUAGAAUGAUGUAAUGUCUGAUUAGCAGGAAAUCCUUUUAGACAGAAUUUGGACCUCUGAGUAGGAAAUGUGAGCAGGUCUAGUUACAUCCUCAGA